AGGCUAGGGCCGCCGCGCCUCGCCUAGGGUUAGCGUUCGCCACCACUGCCGCUCGGGUUCUCGGCCUGGGUUCUGACGAAACAUGUUGCCUAAGGAUUAUUACCUUACACUCAGACAGCAAAACCAUGACACAGCAAAACCUCCCCGAACAUAUUGGACAUCAUUGCUUAUGGUCUUGAUUUCUCUCCAUUGUAGGUGAGCCCAGGGAGUGUUGGUAGUGGUGGUCAGGGAGGGAGUGGGGCCCACUCGCUCGGCCGCCAGCAACAACAACAUCAAGAACAACACCUCCAACAACAACACCAACAGCAACACCAACACAUGGAACACGCCCAUCAACAGCAACUGCACCAGCAACACCAGCAGCAGCAGCACCAGCAGCAGCAAGCGGACGUCUCCGGCCACGAGUUCCAGCACCUGCGGGACGGGCGGAGGGCGUACGCCUGCCAGUUCUGCGGCAAGUGGUUCGCGACGCCCUCCAAGGUGCUGCGCCACGAGAGGACCCACACCGGCGAGAGGCCCUACGACUGCUCACACUGCCCGCUCUCCUUCAACCAGCGGGAGAUCCUCAAGAGGCACCUGAGGGCGGUGCACAAGACCCCGACGGCGUGGUGAC